GUUGAGCCACUGCAAGAUAAUAAUAUUUCGCACAUGGACAACGAAUGCAUUUUCGUGGGCUGCAGCUCAGCUGCAAUCUCUCUCGCUGAGCAGUCGACAAAGCCUUUCAAGUAGACGUAAUCAAGUUGGCAAUCACAAAUAUAGCUGGAAUCCUGUCUUUGAUAUUGACUCCCAGCUUUGCUCCUCCUGCCUCGUAGCUUUCUUUUGUUCAACGCUCCGACUCGUGGGAGGCUUCAGGACACACGCAAAUGCACAAGUGCAACUGUGUGUACAGCGCUGGUGCUGCGCCGGCGCACCUGCUGGGCAAGCAAGUGCGGCUACGUAUCGCGGUGAGGGCGGGUGCGCUGUACACGCGCCCGGCACGCCACGGCCGGUCAGUCCUGGAGCGCAAGCUCAACAAGGUGCUCACGAACCAGGGCAAAAUGCAGAAGGACAUCGGCGACAUGCAGAAGGACAUCUCACAGCUGAAGCAGGACACGGCAGUGAACAAGGCGUUGGUCGCUGUCAACCUGACGCCGAUGGCGUCACUGGUGCUGGGAGUGCUGUACUUCCUGUACACUAACUCUAAGGUCUUGGGCGGCAGCUGAAGUACAGCACUCCCAGCCUUCAGCCGCCGCCCGAGACCUUGAAGUUGGUGUACACAAAGUACAGCGCUCCCAGCUCCAGUGACGCCACCAGCGUCAGGUUGACAGCGACCAACGCCUUGUUGACUGCAGUGUCCUGCUUCAGCUGCGAGAUAUUAUUCUGCAUAUCGCCGAUGUCCUUCUGCAUUUUGCCCUGGUUCGUGAGCACCUUGUUGAGCUUGUGGGAGCUAUCACACGGAUCUAACAUGGGAUGAAGUUUGCUGCGGAGUUAGGCAGCAGGUAUGGACAGCAGCUGUGAUUGUCUGCAAGUCUAGUGUGAAGACUCAGCGGUGGGAGCUUAUCCGCUGAUCAACCUCAGGUGCUACUUCUGAGGGGUGCUGUGUUGCCAGUUCUGGUGUGUGCAUGUGAUUUGCGACAACCAGAGGAGUGGUACGUGUGGAGAAGGCACAUGUGGAUUGAACUGUGCGUGGGCCCAGUUAACGCAGUGGUAGUGGAAACAGGUCAGGGUUGAAUUUGGUUGGUUAAGUGAAUGUGUUUUGUAGGGCUGAACUGCAUGCACGCUGGCAUGGCAGCCUGCGUGACCACUUAGUGCUGCAUGGGCACCCCCUUGCACGCGGCAGGGGCUGACCGCUAGGGCUCUCACCUAACAGGGGAAAGGCGCGGGGAAAGGCGGGGGGAAAGCAAACACGAUAUGCUGCCUACAGUAUUGCCAAAAACGCUCAGGUAGCUGCAAGGGUUUCUUGUAGAAUGUCGCGUUUCUGGUUGUACACAUUGUUGCAGGAAGAUGAAGUUUUCGACGACCGGUUGCUUGCUGACUACCCUGGCCGCGCGCUGCUAGCGCGCUCAGAAAGAGGUAACCAAAGGCAAGAGACUCUGGUUGACGGAAUACUAACUGGGUGUCAUGGCGAAAGAGAAAGAAAGCACGGCUUGGUCACAGCAGCGGAUCCGUCCUCCAGCCAGGUCCAGCUUAUAGAUACUCAGGUACACAACUAAGGAUUAACAGGUUGAAAAGGAAGGCUCAACUAAAGGGCAUCACGUAAAUUGUCGGAACUGCGACCGGGUUGAGCCAUGCAGCAAUCGCGCUGUCGUUACAUCCUCGGCCGCCCGGCGCCCUUGCUCAUUUAACCGCAUCCAUCACUUCUCCCUCGGCCCCUGCGGGUGCGCCCAGUUGCCGCGCCAGUCCAAAGUCCGCCAGUUUGGCCACGAAGCCGCGGGGGUCGGUGUCGGAGCGCUCGGGGGGGGGGGGAGGGGGGGGGGGGGCAGCGGUCAUGGAGCUGGUGGCGUGUGUGGUAGGACACGUGUGGAACGUGUUAGGAAACGUGUGGAACGGGAAACGCGCUAUGCAUGUGUGUUGGAAGAGGUGAAAAGAAAGUAGGGAUUGGGGGCAUUCGCUCUCACAAGCAAGCAGCUGUCGUGUCCUGGCGUGUGAGCGUGCGUGCCGUGUCACACCGACCAUUGGGUCCGGCUUUGCAUUUCCUCUUUUCAUUAGCGUGCAGACAAGACAAUAAGAUUUACGUUCUGCAUGAUUUGGAGUCACGCUUGUAUGCGCGGACUAUAGAAAGAUCUGUUCGGAUAAGAGCGUCGUACUGCAUGGAGGCAGCGACGUCUCGAGGCCAAGUGCGCGGGAGAGAGCCACCGGGUUGUCUUUUGGCUCUCGUCCCGAACGUGCGCCCCGUAUCAUAGACCAAGCCUAGUCUCGUUGUAAUAUUUGAGAGUCUGAUCAACUCCUACGACGGGAAUAGCGACAUCUCCGGCCGGAGUCUGGAGCUAAGCCACACAGUACGUUGAGCAGGGCUGCGUAAACGCAUUUGCCUUGUGUGCUUGUGUAGGUAACAGAGACACGAACCCUCGUAGAAUGUCCGUUUACACACGUACGGGCGCGACACAGCCGACAUCCCAAAGCCACGCGCAAGCAGCGCUGACAACCGAACAGCCCCU